GAGUGAAUGGGGACGCAGCAAAUCCAGCAGUCCCAUCCGGCGCCCCUCUUCUUCUUCGUCGUCGUCUUCCUCGAUCCACUCCUUUUCCCUUCCCCCUCCCUGCUUUCCACGCAACUGCGUGCCCCCGGACUCUUCUUCCGCGAUUCCAUUUGACCCCUACAGCGCGCUCCUCAGCCAGUCCUCGGCCCUCGCCCCUACCAGGUCGUCCGUCGACGCCCCCCAACAAUCUCUCACGUCCUUUUUCCCCUGCCGCUACCCUACUGCCCACUUGGAUCGGUCCUUUACUUGUUUCAGAUUUUAGCCGCGGCCCUGUGUGAAAAAAAAAAUCCUUAUUGUUCCUGGCCUGAGGCAGUGCCGGCGAGAUCCGGUCCUGGAAUCGGCAAGGCGCCAAGGCCGGGAAGAGUUGGAGUGAGAUUUACGGCGACCUGUGAGCCGCGGUUACGGAGGGCCACGUCGGGGAGGUUCUUGCCGACGCGGAUCUGCCUGAAGCCAGCCAAGGGGUUCGCCGAAUUGGGGUGUUCGGCCUGCAAGGCCAAAAAGCUCCCGCCUUGGCUGCCCAAACCGCGUGACGCGACCGCCACCACAUGGUCGCUGUGGUCCGGCACAAGUAGGGGGCUCUCGCGUCUCGUGCCUGGCCGUUGUGAGACUCGUGGGCAGCCAUGGAGCCGUCGUCGUCCAUCACGUUCGCGUCCUCGUCGUCGUACCUGUCCAACGGGUCCAGCCCGCCGCCGGGGCUGCCCCAGGCUCCCCCGUUGGCCGCCGGCGAGGGGUGGGGCGGUGGAGGCGCUGCGGUUGGGAGCGGCAGCAGCGUGGAGGCGGUCAGCCUGAACCGGCUCAGCAAAAACCUCGAGCAGCUGCUCCUCGACCGGGACCUCGACUGCAGCGAUGCCGACGUCGAGGUGCCCGACGGUGGGCCGCCCAUCGCCGUCCACCGCUGCAUACUCGCCGCGCGCAGCGCCUUCUUCUACGACCUCUUCGCCGCGCGCGGCCGCGGAGGAGCAGCGCGCGGUGAUGCAGCCGCCACCGCCGGAGGGGCGGGAGAGGGGGCUGGCAGUGGCAGGCCGCAGUACAAGAUGGAUGAGCUCGUGCCCGGCGGCCGCGUGGGGCGCGAGGCAUUCCAGGCGUUCCUGGGCUAUCUGUACACCGGCAAGCUCUGGGGAGCACCGUUCGAUGUGGUAUCUUGUGCUGACCCCGUGUGCCCUCACGACUCGUGCCCGCCGGCCAUCAGGUUCGCCGUCGAGAUCAUGUACGCGGCGUGGACCUUCAAGAUCCCCGAGCUCAUUUCGGUCUUCCAGCGGCGGCUUCUUAACUUUGUAGACAAGACUGUAGUGGAAGAUGUCAUUCCUAUUCUGCAAGUUGCUUCCCACUCAGAACUGACUCAAGUGCUCGACAAAUGUAUUCAAAGGAUUGCUAGAUCAGAUCUUGACGAUAUAUCUUUGGAUAAGGAGCUCCCUCCAGAAGUUGUCGAGGAGAUCAAAAAGAUUCGUAAAAAUUCACAAACUGCUGAUGAUGACGCUUCCAUUUUGGACCCUGUGCAUGAGAAAAGAGUCAGAAGGAUCCACAGAGCACUCGACUCUGAUGAUGUUGAGCUUGUGAAGUUGCUUCUUAAUGAGUCUGAGAUCACAUUAGAUGAUGCCAAUGCAUUGCACUAUGCAGCUUCUUACUGUGAUUCUAAAGUUGUGUCGGAGUUGUUAGACUUGGGGCUGGCUAACUUGAAUUUGAAGAAUAGCCGUGGAUACACAGCACUCCACUUGGCUGCUAUGAGGAGAGAACCAGCUAUCAUUAUGUGCCUCCUUAACAAAGGGGCAACUGUAUCGCAGCUGACAGCUGAUGGCCGGAGCGCAAUUGGUAUUUGUCGGAGGUUAACAAGAGCAAAAGACUACAAUAAAAAGAUGGAGCAGGGCCAAGAAUCAAACAAAGAUAGGAUGUGCAUAGAUAUUCUAGAGCGGGAGAUGAUGCGAAAUCCUAUGUCAGUGGAAGAUGCUGUCACCUCGCCUUUGUUGGCCGAUAAUCUUCACAUGAAGCUUCUCUACCUGGAAAACAGAGUUGCAUUUGCUAGACUGUUCUUUCCCGCUGAAGCGAAGGUCGCCAUGCAAAUCGCACAAGCAGACACCACAGAAGAAUUUGGCGGUAUUACUGCACCAAGUACUUCUGGUAAACUGAGGGAAGUCGACCUGAACGAAACACCAGCCAUACAAAACAAAAGACUCUGUUCAAGGGUGGAUGCACUGAUGAAAACAGUGGAGCUGGGCCGGCGGUACUUCCCGAACUGCUCGCAGGUGCUCGACAAGUUCCUGGAGGACGACAUGCCAGACGGGGGGCUGGACAAGUUCUACCUCCAGAGGGGCACCCCCGACGAGCAGAAGGUGAAGAGAAUGCGCUUCAGCGAGCUGAAGGAGGACGUGCGGAAGGCGUUCAGCAAGGACAAGGCCGACAACAGCAUGAUCUCCGGCCUGUCGUCGUCGUCGUCGUGCUCGCCGCCCCAGAAGGUCGCCAGGAAGUGACCAGUUUUUGCCGCUUUUAUAGUCUUGUAAUUCACGGUUUUGGACCGGGAACAGCGUAUAGGGAUGGAUCGCUUAGACCUGUGAAUGCAUAGUGCUUACAAUGGUGUAAGUAGAACCAUAUUAUAAAUGUGAAAAACAUGCCGAGAACACCGUGCAAAAAGAUGAACAGAUGAUCGUUAAGAGGUUCCAAACUUCCAA